AUGGGGAAGAUCACCAAAACUAUGCAGUCUCGGCACAAGGAGACCUUGUCGCCGUGGCUCGAGAAAUAUGUCGAGGAGACAACCUCAACACCAUUACCACUUCUGCCCAAGAAGCUUGGCGAGUUCCCAAGUAGAUGGCCAUUCCCGCGCGGAGACUUGUACCACUGGAUUCCGCUGCUGAACCGCUUUGACAAUAUCUUGGAGGCUUUUUGCGCCACCCACGGCUUGAACGAAGGCUUCCAGACAAGGGAUUUCACCUGCGAGCUUCUGUUGAACCAGGCGGCGCCGGUAGAGUACUGUGAUGACCAGCCAUGGAGCAAGGAUCGUCUCGGCCAGCUUGGUUUCGGGGAGGAUGGAGAUUGCCAACUAAUCAUCGCCAUACUCAACUUUUCACAGAUGCUCCUCCAGCACUGCGGAAACCGAAGCAUAUAUGGGAGUAGCAGCCGUCUGAACGACUUGUUGAAUACCACAUCUCUCACUCUUGUUCGUGCCACUCUUGAGGUUUCCCUGGAGCUUGCUCAGCGGUAUCAUGCGUCUAUGAAGCGCGUGACGCAGCCCUCUCGCCAAGUGAGCUCAGCCCUGCUUGCCAAUCACUACAACAUUGAGUUGGACCGCGUCAACCUGCUGGCUCAACCAUUUGUCAAGACACCUGUGGCCCCUGUUGCUCGGUUCACCGAUGUUCCACCUACCACCCCAGGCGCCCCCACGAGCAAGGCCAAGGACAAGACGUCAGGCGCCAGCUCCAGGAAUGUGGCAUCCAUGUAUGCCAACGAUUUGGCUUCAUUGGUGGUUCAAGGAUCUACUGAUGAAAGUCGGUGGAACGGCUGGGGCGACCUCAAGGUCGUCUAUUAUCCCAAGGCUGAAGGCACAAAGACCCCAGCACCAGAGGCCCAAUCGUCAGACCGUGCAUCUUCGUCCACCAUUCCACCAACUCCCACGCCUCUCCGACGCAGCGCCACCAGCGUCUCACAAACCCCCCGCUCGAACAGACCGUCAGGUCCUGAUGACAGUCCCUCCAACAGGCACGGUAACGGGGACGAUCAUGCCCCCUCGGGGCCCAAGACACUCGAGAUCCGUCAGACUGUGCUCAAGUCGACAUCUAUCUAUGAUCUCCUCAAGCAGUGCCCUGACGACAUGCCCGCAGCUUCGAGAUAUGAGUUUUUGAACCGUCUAAGAAUCGCAAAGGCGCUUCUUGGCUCAACCGAAGACAGACGCCAAGCCCUGGCUGUUCGUCUGCUGGCCAUCACGAACCUUGCUUCCAUCCACCACGAGCAAACCUUUAUCGAAAAGGUCCUGAAGCAGGACAACGAUGAGCCUCGGAAAUACCAGUUGGUGUACCAGCUUGCCGAGUUGAUUCACCCUUCAGUCGACGGUGCAGAGGACACCCCCUUGUGGCUACAGGCCAUUGCGCUCGGGACACUGGAGGGCAUCGUUGGCAUCCAAGCCAAGUAUCAAGACAUCGUGUCCGCUCUGAAUGCGAACGUUAAUCACGGCGUUCUCAUGUAUGUGGUUCGCAAGGCUGUUGCCAGCAUGAAGCAGGACGACCCCGACAUGGACAACGGCAAGGUCACGGAUGCUGACAAGUGGCGUUCGAAACUGUUCGGUCUGGCUCUCCACAUGAUUGUGUCGCAGCGGAUAGGCCCAGAGAUGACCUCCAACGGACUGCUGGAGGUGCUGAUUGAAAUUCUCAAGCUCCGCACCAAAACGGCACAGCUCAACUGGAGCAUGGUUGUGGCUUUCCUCGACACGAUCGUCUACAACUACACGGUGGCGUUCCCGGCACUCAGCAACGCCUCGGGCCUCGACGCCAUUGCCGACCUUAUCAUCCACGUUGUCCAUUCAUCCAAAGAGCUGGCAGAAAAGGGACUAGGGACCAAGCCCGAGUUCCACGCGCAGCUGGUCGACUAUGGAAUUCCCUUCUAUCAUCAGCAGACGGUGAAGUGGCUGCUUAAGUUCCUCCAUCACAUUCUGCAGAGCCCGCUCUCGUUCGGUGCCAAUACAGACCGCUUGUUGAGAAACCUGGUCGACAACUCCAAGUUGCUGGUCAGUCUCCGUACCGUCAUUGAAGAGCCGCGUCUCUAUGGCUCUGUGGUUUGGACAAACGCAGUCACGCUCUUGAGCGACUUCCUCAACAAUGACCCUACCAGCUUUGCGGCCCUUUCAGAGUCGGGUAUGGUACAGAGCUUCUUGAGCACCCUCACAGGUGAGAAGGUUGGCCUUCCUCAACCAGAGGGCUCGCCAAGACCUGAGGAGAACCCCGAGGAAGCAGCAUCGCCCGCCUACUCGAACGACUCGCUGCUGCUUGAUAGUGCUGAUAGCCGUCCGCAUCCACCCACAGAAGACAUGAUGAACGAGUCUCGGGAGCGUCCCCUUGCCCACGGCGUCCUUGCGUCCAACGAUGCCAUCAAUAUCAUUCCCCAGGUCUUGAACUCUAUUUCCCUCAACAAUGCCGGUAUGAAGAUGGUGGUGUCGUCAAGGUCCUUUGAUCACUUUCUGGAAAUUUUCUUCAGCCCCGAACACGUCCAGAUCAUGUCGAGGUCUGACCUUGAUCUUGCCGCCAACAUUGGCUCAAGCUUCGACGAACUUGCCCGUCAUCAUCCUCGCUUGCGUCCAACGAUCUCUAACUCCAUCCUCGAUCUGACAGCCAAGGUCGUUCAUCUCGCCAACGAUAAGGCAAAAGGAAAAGGCUUGGGGGCGCGUGGCUGGGGUGCAAACCUCUUGGUUGAAGACUCGGAAAAGAAUAUCUAUGCCGCAGAUAAGUCGCUGCUUGCCAAGGCAGGCACGCCGUUCUCAUCUGGAUCCAAGGAGAAAGGAAAAGAUGUGAGCGAUGAUGCUGAUGUCGAGAUGGUGGAUGCGGCCGGCGAAUCUCCAGAGUGGGCUCCAGAGGCGACGAAGCGUUCGGAAGAGGUGCAUCACGAAGCCACACCAUACAUCUGGGCGCUUUGUUCAUUCCUGAGCGCUCUGUUUGCUAGCAACACCAACCUCAAACAGGCCUACGUCAAGAACGGGGGUGUCGAACUCUUGCUCAAUCUCUCCGAGUCUCCGGCCCUCCCAGAAGGCUUUGAUAAGACGACGGCUUCGCGCAUGCUCUCGCAAGUGCUUUCACACCUCAUAGAGUGCUGCCCGGUUUUAGGGAUCCCCUCUCUUCUCAACCGAAUCGAUGACACAAUCGGUGUGCUUCAGCCACUCAUGACCAGAGAUGAUUCGGAACCAUUCUUCGCGCCAUUCGUGUCAGGAGUCUCACUAUCGAACGACAAGGGCGAGUGGGAUCCGGAGCUGGUUCGUAAAGUGGCCGGUGGCAAUGAUAUCAUCAAGGCCAUUGUUCGCUUGCAGAGCUUGGUCAAGACUUCGUACCAGUCCUUCCCAUACGCCGCGAGACUGGGCUCGAUUGUCAUCCCGCCGUGCAAUACUUAUGAUCUGUAUGACAAGCUGAUCAAGUCACUUGGAGCACUGCUACGCGACGCCGUGACGGAAGACUUGGCCAUCAGGACACUGGUUCCGAAGCGCUGGACAGAGAGUCUUACCUCUCCAGACGGUGCUGAGCUAUCAGUUGCCAAGCUCACGGUUGCCAACAGUGUCACUGCUUCUGAGACUGCACCUGCUGCUCCGCAGGCCUCUGGCACCGAGGCCUCAGCCCAGCCCUCGGAGCCCACGAAGUUAACCGCAGAGCAACAAGAGGUGCAGCAGUGGUUUCACAAGCAGAAUUUCAACACCAUCCACGAUCUUUUGAGUUCAUUGCACCGCAAUGUUCUCCCGUUCUUUCAGACGAUGAGCAAAGUGUUGUUGCCCAGACGAUUCGACAACUUCAGCCGCUCCAAUCAGUUGACAAUUGCAGAAACCUUGGCCACCACAGUUCUGGAGCAGCUCAGAUUUGUCCAAGAUAAGCUGGAUCAAGACAAGCUGGCUGGACUAGACUUCCAUCACUUUGCCACCACGUUCCAGUCCUUGCAUGACAUGUUGAUUGAUGUAACUCGGCAGACGGAGCGUCAAGGAACUGCCCUGCUUCUACCCGUCCUUAUCGCCUUCAAGGAGAAUGGCGGUAUUGACCUGUUGAGUAGCAUGCUCGAGAAGUUUGCUGAUGAUAUCUGCAGUGUCCCAGCUGACUCGACUGCUCGUGAGGAGUCACCAAAGGUGCGGCAAGCAACGAUGGGGAUGAAGAGGAUCCUGGACAUUUACCACAUCAUUGUUAGCGGCAAGAAUGUCACUGAGUCCCUCACCUCCACCAGCCUUCCCAAGGCUGCAGAGCGGAACCGCGAGUUUGGACAUCAGCUCGUCGUGGAGUUGAGGGUGGCCAUUCUGCCUGUGGUGCGCAAACUGUGGGAGUCUCAACUGGCGGAGAAGGUCGAGACGGUCGUCUUGAGUAAGAUGAUUGAUAUACUUCAGACGAUUGCCGCUGCCGAUUCUGAGUCCAACGCAUACCGCAGGUCUGACAAGACAGGUCCGCCCCCAGUGUUUAAGGAUCGGAAGCGUGUGUCGUUCAACUGGGAGGGUGAAGCCAAUGUCAACGUCAAGAAACUUAUCGACAAGGGGAACGACGAGGAGCUCAGCCGGGAGGCCAUCUACCGCGCGAACGGAAAGCUCGAGGAUGCCAUGGAAUACUGUAGGGCGUUCGAUCCUGCGAACAGCAGCAAGGGAUGGGCUUUCAAGCGGAACCCUAUCCCAGAAGCGGAUGCAUACAAGGAGCCGCCUCCGCCUCCGAAGCCAGAGCAAGCACAACCCGACCAAACUCCGGUGGUUUCCCAGCCAGUUGUGCCUUUGGGAGCAGAGCCAAUGGCACUGGAUCCCAUGCCGGGGAUCAACAGCCUCAUCCAUGAUGCUAUCGGUGAAGCCGAUUCGGGAGAUCACUCGUCUGAUGAGUCCAACGACACCAGCAAUGAGAGCUCAAGCCAGCAUUCCGCACAGGAGGCCCCUUCUACGACGGCUGCGCCCACACAGCAGGCACCGACCUCGUCAUCGGUCGCCGCUGUACCGCCGAAUCCCCCUUCGGUUACAAAGGAGGACUUGGACGACGAGCGCGCGCGACUGUCCAAUGAUCUAAUUGACCGGUGCUUAGACGUCAUCAGAGCUCAUCCUGACUCUGUCUUUGAGAUCUCGGACUUGAUUCAGAACAUGAUCCUCAAGACAGACAACGAACAAAAGCGGACCGAGGUCGGCGAAAUUCUUGCCAACGCCCUGCUGUCGCUCCAUGUGAAUGAUGAGGCUGACAAGAAGGCCAACGGUGGGACCAUUGCGGCCUAUUCUCAUCUCUUGUCACUGUUGCUGCAGAACAGCUCUUUCUUUAAAUCCACGCUGCCGACGUUGAGGCAAUACAUUGAAGAAUAUCUCAGUUUUCUCCAAGUUCCUUCGAACUCUAGCGAGGAGCUGCCUCCGUGGAUGCCAUAUGUGCUCCUGGUCUUCGAGACGCUCUUGAUUGACGAGGAGCAGCUUCCCGAUAUCAAGUGGAAGCCGCCUGCCAAAGAGGAGGACCCAGUCGAGGAGCCUGUCUGGGCUACCAAGGUUCCCACAAUACCGCUCAAGGAGCGUUCUGGUUUGCUCUCAGCGGUCUUGGAGAUCCUCCCGCGCAUCGGCAAGGAAGAGGCACUUGCUGUCUCCGUGCUGCGGAUUCUUGUCAUUCUCACCAGGGACCAUGGGAUGGCCAAGACGGUGGGCGAGAAGAGAAAUCUGCAGCGCCUGUUUGUCAUGGCAAAGCAGUUGUGUGCUGGCGGCUCGGGUCCUCUCAACCGGUCACGCAUCACGGACUACAUCAUGACAAUCCUCCGUCACAUAGUAGAAGACGAAGACAUCAUCCGCCAAAUGAUGCAGAAUGAGAUUCGCCAGUUUCUCUCGUCAAGCUCGAGAAGCGGCCGAAACUACGACGCCCAGACGUUCCUCAAACACCUUUCGCAUGUCGCUCUUCGGUCGCCCAAGUUGUUUGUGGAAACCACUGGUCAGCUCGUGAAGCUAGUCAAGUGGUCGGUCCCUGAGGCCAGGGAGUCUUCCUCACGUUCCAACUACCAGAUCGUUCUCAAGCCAGCGCCGGCUGCAGAAGAGGAAGCCAAGCCAAAGGACAGUUCAGUCGAGCCCACGGUUCAGGCGACUGAGGAUCUGAGCAUCAACGAUGUGAAGCCGUCGACAGAGUCUGCCGACAAGGAGAUGACAGACGCGCCCAAGACUCCGCUCGACAUCAAGCGUCCUGUUCUUGAAAACCCAGAUGGUGUGGUUCAUUUCUUGCUUUGCGAGCUUCUCAAUUACCGAGAGGUUGAUGACAAGGAGGUCCCGGCUGUGCCAGCCAAGGAAGCCAGCAAGACUGAUAACAAGACUGCAGGCGAGACAUCAAGUGCGGAGGAAGAUGCCACACCGGCUCCCGCAGACGUAGAGGUUCCCGAGCCGAAGAAGGACGAAAAGAAGUCUUCCAAGCCGACCUUCAAGGCAGAGGAUCACCCCAUUUUCGUCUACCGGUGCUUCCUCCUCAGCUGCCUGACAGAACUUCUACAGAGCUAUACGCGUGCCAAGGUGGAAUUCAUCAACUUCAAGCGUAGUGCGCCGAUGCAAACCAACACCCCCAUCAAGCCUAGAUCGAGCGUACUUAAUUAUCUGCUCAAUGACCUGCUUUCUCCAGGUUCGGCCAGCUUGGCAGCAGAGACGCCGGUGGCUAAGAAGAAGACUUCGACAUCUGCUCAGGCACAGAGCGUGCUUGUGGCUCUUGUGGCUCGUACCGGCGAGAAGCCGUAUGACCGACACCGUGGCAAUUGGGAGUAUGAUGACGAGCCCGAUCUUCUGUUUGUACGCCGAUUUGUUCUCGACACGGUUCUUCGUGCUUACAAGGACGCUUCCACUCCUGGGGAGUCCUUCGAUGUGCGCUAUCCCCGGAUGAUUGCGCUGGCCGAGUUGAUGAGCCACAUGAUCGGGGAAAAGGACAAAGACGCCAACUCGAGGGGGGCAAGUCAGGAUCAGGGACUCACCAGAUCUUAUGCUCAAAUCAAGCGGUUGAUGUAUGAGAAGGGAUACCUUGCCACAUUGACAGCAUCCAUCGCCGACAUCGACCUCACCUAUCCCGAUGUGAAGCGCACCAUCAAACAUAUUCUCCGCGUGCUGCGGUCUUUGACAAAGACUGCAUCGGCCCUGAGUGAGCUGGACAUAAUUCCUGCCACCGCGACGGGUGACCAACCGGAGGACGACUUUGCGUCUGCGUCAUCCCUUUCCGACAUGGACGACGAGCGCGAGGAAACCCCCGACCUCUACCGCAACUCCACACUCGGCAUGCUCGAGCCCGGACGGGAGGAUGAUUAUUACUCGGAUGAAGAGGAAGAUGGUAUAUUCUCCAAUUCUGCUGCUCAAAUAGACGAACUGUUACUAAUGGGGGCAGAUGACGACGAAAUGUACGACGAAGAGGUCUACGAGGAUGAGUUGGACUAUGGUGACGAGAUGUCCCAAGAUGAGGAGGAUAACCCUAGCGACGAGGACGAAGAGGAGCUUGGCGAAAUGGGCGAAAUCGAGGGUCUUCCUGGUGACCCUGGCGUUGUCGAAGUCAUCAUGGGUGAAGACGACGACGAAGAUGAGGAUAUGGACGAGGAUGACGAAGACGAUAGCGACGAGGAUGAUGAAGACGAGGUCGGCUCUGAAGACAUGGAGGAUGUCGAAGACCAAGUCGAGAUCAUGGACGAGGAAGGAAAUCCCAUUGGCGACGAUGGUGAUGAUGGUUGGGAGAGUGAGACGGACGAGGAGGAUGAAGAGGGUGAGGAAGAACUUGACUAUGAGGCAGAAGCCCAGAAUCUUCAUAACGCCCAAAUGAUGCAAGAGCUCGCGGAACUGGAGUCUAUCACCCGCCGUCGCUUCGAGCUCAGGGGCCUUGCUGCUGCCGGCGAUGCCGAUGAGCUUGAUGGCGAGGACAUCCACGAGUUUGACGACGAACACUACAUGGACGAUGGUGGUCCUGAAGAUGACGGUAUGAGUUUUGUUCUGGUGACUGAGUCAAGAUAUGGAUUACUAACUGGGUUUUCAGAAGAAGAGGAAGAGGAAGAGGUUGACGACGACAUGUAUUACGAACAGGGACAUCCCCAUGAUGAUUUCCUCCCUGGCAAUAUUUCCGGUAGUCUCGGAUGGGACUUGGCCGUUGAGCCUCACCACCGCGUCCGAGGCGGGUUCAGUCGAAGAAACCCGUUCCCCGCUCCAUUUGGGGUUGGAGAUCUGCGGCACAUGGGAUCCUCCGGUAGGCUCUCUGAUUUCUUUAUUCGUCUGCGGCAACAAGUUGGUGCGACUCUUCAACGCCUCGAUGAUUUGGAAGCAACUUUGGACAGUGUUGAAAUCAGCGUUGAUGGGGGCAACGAAGGCUCAGAGGACUUGUCACAGGCUCUCAGGACAGCAUCACAACAAUUACUUGAGCGCCAACCAGUUGAACACCGUGCUAACGCCAUUCCAGACUUUAGAAAUUACUUUGGCAAUACGAGCCGCGCUCCUCCCGCAGUACUUGACAGUCAGAGGAACCCACUGCUGCUUCCCAGCCAUAGAUCUGGCCGAGAUCAGUCUCCUCGUCACUCCGACCGACAGUCUCUUCCGUGGAGCUCUCUCGGGUUACCCGAAUCCUUUAGAGCCAUGGCUACUCCUGACGGCCCCCUUGCCGUUAUCCACACCCUGGUCCAGAAUAUGCCCAUUCCCCACGGUGCCGGGCCCGCACUUAGCCUUCAGUUGACCUCAGAAGGACCUCAUGGCGAAAUCCGUCAAGUUAGCAUCCCUUUGGAUGCAGUUACUGGCAAUCGUGUUGGUCGCUGGGAGCCUCGGCGCGAUGUGUACCAGGAGCCCGCUCAAGCCGUCCAGUUCGUAGCGGCCCGCACUAAUGAUCGGUGGAAGGAAGAAGCCGGUAUGAUCUUUGGUCCUGCUCAUCACGACAAGGUGUCCAUCCUUAUGGUGGGUGUUCUCGGCACCCUUGCGCCAGCCGCUAUCCAGCAACUCAAGGAGCAGAAGGCUCGCGACGAGGAAAAGAAGCAGAAGGAGGAGGCAGAACGCAAGAAGCGUGAAGAGGCCCUCAAGGAGUACGAGGCCCAGAAGGCUGAACAGCAAGCGGCCAAGGAGAAGAAGGAGGCCGAGGAAGAAGCAGAGCGCCAGCGCCAGGCCCAAGAACUCGCCGCUGCCGAGACUGCACGAGCAGUAGCCGAAGCUGCAGAGACGAACCGCGAGCAACAAGCCCAAGAAGAGCCCCAAGCUAUGGAAGGUGUCGAGUCUAACAACGCCGCCCCCGAAGCUGCCCAGCAACCCGCCGCGGCUCCUACCGAGCGCAUCAUUACGACCAUUCGUAACGGUGAGACGGUGGAUGUGACCGACCUGGGAAUCGACCCCGACUAUCUCGCUGCGCUUCCCGAAGAGUUCAGAGAGGAGGUGAUUGCGCAGACAUUGACCACUCGACGAUCCGAGGCCCGUCAACAAGCUCCUCCCGAGGGUGAAAAUAGAGAGGCAUUCCAGGAGUUCCUUGAAGCACUGCCCUCGGAGCUCCGGGACGAGAUUGUUCAGCAAGAACGUCAAGAGCGCCGGCGCCGCGAGCGUGAUGAGGCACGUCGCCAGAACAACAAUGAUCCUGCCCGACGACUUGCAGAGGCUGCCGAAAUGGACGCCGCGAGUAUCCUGCUGACGUUCCCUCCAGCCUUGCGCGAGCAAGUCUUGUUGGAACAGGGUGAGGACAUAAUGGAUCAGCUGCCACCCGACUUGGCAGCCCAAGCACGCGCUUUGGCUCAGCAAAGCAGCCAGCAAUAUCGUGGUCCACCGCCUAAUGCUCGCGCCGUGGCCGGAAGACAGGUCCUCGCCGAGCCAGCUGCUGUCAACGACGGUAAGCCCCAGCGCCGCACCAUUGUGCAGAUGCUUGACAAGGCCGGCGUUGCCACGCUUCUCCGACUCAUGUUCAUUACCCAGCAUGGGUCCAUCCGCAACUACUUGUUCGACGUAUUCUCGUGUGUCUGCGAGAACCGACAAAACCGUCUGGAGGUUAUCUCGACUCUGCUUCAGAUUCUUCAGGAUGGCAGCACGGAUAUGGAUGCGGUUGAGCGCAGCUUUGGUCAGCUCUCCCUUCGGGCAAAGCAGGCCAAGGAGAAGGAUGCCACCAAGACGCCCCAGAGUCUGAAGCGUACCUUCACCAACAUCAGCACCCAUAAUCACCAUCUCACCAACAACUCGGAAGUCUCGCCCCUUUUGAUCGUACAGCAGUGUCUCGAUCUUCUUCAGGAUCUUGCUACAAAGAACGCUCACAUCCCGUCUCUCUUCCUCACAGAACACGAGACCGUGGCGUCCACACUCAAGCGAAGCCUCAGUCGCAAGGGUAAGGGCAAGGAUGUCAACCUAAAGGCUCAGAAGUACGCGAUCAACUGUCUCCUGGCUCUUCUUGAUCGCAGCUUGGUUAUGGAGAGCAGCGCUGUCAUGCAGCUCCUCGCCGACUUGUUGAACAAGGUCACAUACCCGCUUCAAGCACUCGAGCGGCGACGCAAAGAGGCUGAAGCGGAAGCCAAAAAGAAGGAAGAGGAGGCCAAGAAAAAAGAGGAGGAGAAGGCCAAGGGCGAGACUGCUGAGCCUGCUGUCGAACAUGCCAACACGGAGGCUGUCAAUAUGGCCAAUGUUCAAGCUCCUCCUGCUGCGGCUGCGGCUCCAUCUGGCGAUCAGCUCACCCAGGAAGACGCCCAGAAGGAUGCCCAGGAUAAGGAGACCAAGGAGACAAAGGAGACCAAGCCAGAGGAGAAGAAGGUGCGCCAGCUGACGCCCCCAUAUAUCCCAGACCACAACUUGAAGCUGGUUGUCAAUAUCUUUGUGGCCCGCGAAUGCAGCUCGAAGACAUUCCAAAACACCAUCUCAACCAUCAAGAACCUUUCCAACAUUCCCGGUGCCAAGAAGGUCUUUGGCGAGGAACUCGUGCGCCAGGCUAGAGUUCUUAGCGAGAACAUCGUGUCAGACCUCAACGACCUCCUCCCAUACAUUCUCAAGGCUGAGUCCGGCACUGAGAUUCAGGGCGUCGCCCUGGCCAAGUUCUCUCCUGGUGCUUCGGAGCAGAACAAGCUGUUGCGUGUUCUUACUGCCCUGGACCAUUUGUUUGACAGCAAGGGUAAGGGCAAGAAGGAAGAGGGCGCAUCCGAGGCCGAGGAUAGCAAGGAGGGCUCCAAGGAAGACCUCCUUGGUUCCUUGUAUUGGAACCCAACCUUUGGUACUAUGUGGGACAAGCUGAGCGCCUGCCUGAGCGCCAUUCGACAGCGCGAGAACAUGCUAAAUGUGGCAACGAUUUUGCUGCCGCUGAUCGAGUCCCUGAUGGUUGUUUGCAAGAACACCACUCUUGGUGACGCACCUUCGGUCCAGCACAAGGAGCUGCUCUUGUCCAGCCCGCCCCCUGAGAACCGUAUCGCGGGUCUUUUCUUCAGCUUUACUGAAGAGCAUCGCCGGAUCUUGAACGAACUUGUCCGACACAACCCCAAGCUGAUGUCGGGCACCUUCUCGCUCCUGGUCAAGAACCCCAAGGUUCUCGAGUUCGACAACAAGCGCAACUACUUCAACCGUAGCGUGCACUCCAAGACCGGCACCCAGCAGACUCGGCCUCAGUAUAACCCUCUUCAGUUGUCAGUUCGCCGUGAGCACGUCUUCCACGACUCUUUCAAGUCUCUGUACUUCAAGACUGGAGACGAAAUGAAGUUUGGAAAGCUCAACAUUCGCUUCCACGGCGAAGAGGGUGUUGACGCUGGCGGUGUCACUCGCGAGUGGUUCCAAGUGCUCGCCCGCCAAAUGUUUGACCCCAACUACGCCCUGUUCAUUCCCGUGUCUUCUGACCGCACCACAUUCCACCCGAACCAGCUCAGCAGUAUCAAUGAGGAGCAUCUGAUGUUCUUCAAGUUUAUUGGUCGGAUCAUUGGCAAGGCCCUUUACGAGGGCAGACUUUUGGACUGCUACUUCAGCCGCGCGGUCUACAAGCGCAUUCUCGGCAAGCCCGUGUCCGUCAAGGACAUGGAGUCGUUUGAUCCAAACUACUACAAGUCUCUUGUCUGGAUCCUGGAGAACGACAUUACUGAUAUCAUCACCGAGACCUUCUCGGUCGAGGACGAUGAGUUUGGUGUGACCAAGACUGUGGACCUCAUUCCAGAUGGCCGCAACAUCCCUGUCACUGAGGAAAACAAGAGCGAAUACGUCCGCUUGAUUGUGGAGCACAAGCUGCUUACGUCGGUUAAGGACCAGAUGGAGCAUUUCUUGAAGGGCUUCCAUGACAUCAUUCCCGAGGAGCUGAUUGCCAUCUUCAACGAGCAGGAGCUGGAACUUCUCAUUUCCGGUCUCCCCGAUAUCGAUGUGGAUGACUGGAAGAGCAACACCGAGUACCACAAUUACACUGCGGCCUCGCAGCAGAUUCAGUGGUUCUGGCGCGCCAUCCGCUCAUUUGACAAGGAGGAGCGGGCCAAGCUUCUUCAGUUCGUCACCGGUACCUCCAAGGUGCCGCUCAACGGCUUCAAGGAGCUGGAAGGCAUGAACGGAGUGAGCCGUUUCAACAUUCACCGUGAUUAUGGCAACAAGGACCGUUUGCCCAGCUCUCACACGUGCUUCAACCAACUCGAUCUUCCCGAGUACGAGAGCUACGACACGCUCCGCAGCCAAAUUCUCAAGGCUAUCACGGCUGGUAGCGAUUACUUUGGCUUUGCUUGA